GGGAUAUGGCAGAAAUUACAGCGCCAGCCUGGAAGUCGAGAGAGCACGACAAGAGAGCAGCGAGAAUAAAAGAGACGACGUGUGCGUGUCUUGCGCAUAUGGGACUUAUUACGAGGAGAAAACGGCAGAUUUGCAGGACCGACCAACAGCGCACUUCACUGAUGAGGUCCAAACCAGCCGUCUGACAGGAGUGACCUGCCCUCACCGAAGGUGCGCAGCGCACCUGCAGAAGCCCAGGUCCAGUCUCCCCAGUUCCCUGCAGGAUCUGAUCCUGGUGUUCACAUUUUCCGCUUGAGUUUGUCCCCGGGAUCAUUCAAAACUGUUUCUCCAACGCUUCUUCCAAAAACUUAGACUGUUUUCCAAAGCAGAACAGGCCCAGCCCUCCCAGGCGGAAGCAAUGGGGAGUGUGCGAAGCCACCGCUACAGCAUCGUGUCCUCCGAGGAAGACGGCAUGAAGCUGGCCACUAUUGCCGUGCCGAAUGGCUACGGAAACGGCAAUGUCAACAAGGUGCACACGGAGCACCAGCGUCAGAGCCGCUUCGUCAGGAAGGAUGGUCACUGCAAUGUGCAGUUUAUCAAUAUGAGUGAAAAAGGCCAGCGGUACCUGGCAGAUAUCUUCACCACCUGUGUGGACAUCCGCUGGCGCUGGAUGCUGCUCCUAUUCUGCCUUUCUUUCCUGCUGUCGUGGUUGUUUUUUGGCUUUGGCUUCUGGGUGGUAGCCCUCUCUUACGGGGACUUAGACAAUGAGACUCAGAUGUGCGUUUCCAAUGUGGACAGCUUCACCGCCGCUUUCUUGUUCUCAGUGGAGACCCAAACCACAAUUGGCUACGGUUAUCGCUAUGUGACAGAGGAGUGCCCCGUGGCCGUCUUCAUGGUCGUCUUUCAGAGCAUUUUGGGCUGCAUCAUUGAUGCUUUCAUCAUUGGCGCCGUCAUGGCCAAGAUGGCCAAGCCCAAAAAGAGGAAUGAGACGCUCGUCUUCAGCCACUACGCCACAGUGGCCAUGAGGGACGGCAAACUGUGCCUGAUGUGGCGUGUGGGCAACCUGAGGAAGAGUCACCUGGUGGAGGCCCACGUCAGGGCUCAGCUCCUCAAGUCCCGCACCACCGCAGAGGGAGAGUUCAUCCCUCUGGAUCAGGUAGACAUCGACGUUGGCUUCGACAGUGGCAUCGACAGAAUCUUCCUGGUGUCUCCAAUUACCAUUGUGCACGAGAUUGACGAGGACAGCCCAUUCUUCGAGAUGAGCAAACGGGAGCUGGAGAAGUCGGAAUUUGAGAUCGUGGUGAUUCUGGAAGGCAUGGUCGAGGCCACAGCCAUGACCACGCAGUGUCGGAGCUCGUACGUGGCCAGCGAGAUCCUGUGGGGCCACCGCUUUGAGCCGGUGCUCUUCGAAGAAAAGAACUACUACAAGGUGGACUACUCUUGCUUCAACAGCACCUAUGAGGUGCCCAGCACGCCCGACUGUAGUGCCAGGGAGCUGGCCGAGAAGAAGUCCAACGCCUCCAGCUUGAGGAACUCCUUUUGCUACGAGAACGAGGUGGCUCUCGAGAAAGUGGAGCUGGAGGAGGAGUUUGAGGAGGAUGCUACCAGGCAGAUAAGCAGUGUUGAGGCUGGUGCACCUGAGGACACUAACACAGAUGCGGUGUCGGACUGUGAAUCCAAUCUGGACUCUUUGCCUUUAGAAUCAAUACCUUUGACGGCUGAAUCAGAAAUAUGAUUCAAAAACACUACCACAGGGCAUGUUGAACGUCGGUCCUGCUGCUGUCCAUCAUGCAUGACACUAACCAAAGACUGUGAUUUUGAAGUUUGAAAUUCUCUAUGCAGAAGCUCAUGCACAAGACACCAACGAAGUACAAUCGUAAUAUAUGGGCAUAGUGGUGGUACAUUUAUGUUGCAUGACGCUAAAAUGGGUUCGACGCCUUCACUCACACACACCGUGCGGUCUGUUUCAGUGCAUACUGCCCUUAUUAAGCUAAAUGUUUUGAGUAGAAUAGCCAAUUGGGUUGAUUACAUUUGUUAAUUUAUUCAAGUACAUAUUUCCAGGUUGCACAUUUUACAUUGAGCUGCAUGUAAUAGAAGUUUUUUCGUGGCCUAAAUGUCCCCCGGGGUUUUGGUCUCGCUUAACUAAAUUAAUAUUAUUUAUUAUUAUUUUAUUUCAAAAAAAUAAUAGUUAAACUGGGAGUUUUGAGAUUUGAUAUCAAACGCCAACAUGAAUAUUUAAAUUUUUAAUCAUAUUUAGUUCAACAAUCUUAUGCUAAAAGGCUACUAACGUCACAAUCACUUGCACAAAAAAAAGGCUAAAGUUUGUUAAUGAGCUGGUCUCUUAGCAACGUCUUAUUUAUUUUGGUGUGAUGGUCUUGGUGUGUGUGUGUGCUCACGGCGCAAGGCAGGAAAGAUGUCUUGCACAGAUGACGAGCACGAGUACUAUGUGCGCCUCAAACCUAUCAUCUUUUCUGAGUGCAAAGCGUCUUUUGCAACCUGUGCCUUAAACAAAAGCCUCCGUGCCGGUGGAGGCACUCGGCAGGUUAGUCUUCGACUGAGCACACACUGCAUUAGAUGUCACGGGAAGAAGCAUUCAGAGGUGAUUCACUGUGCACUAGUAUACUGCCGCUUCCUGCAGGUCUCCAUGUUCUAAUGUGCAAUACAGUUCAGUGGGGGAAUGUGACAGCAGGAAGCUCGAACCCUGAGCGGAGUUUACGAAUGUCGAUGAAAAGUGCUGCUAAGUUACAUAUUGUAUGUUCAGAGAGAAAUCUAGGAGCCAAAAUGUAUUAUUUGUCUUUUAAAGUAUCCAUUUGAAGAUUGCAGAUGCAGCCUAUAAUGUUAUUUUUUAGAUAUAGACAAGUAUGAUUUUAUUUUUCAACCUAAAGCCAAAUCUGUAGAUAUAUUUAAGAGACAACCGUAACUCAUCUGUUAGUUGAUGUUGAUUUGAAACCUGAACUUUUCCUCAUCUAACAGAAACAAUGAUUAAUUUGAGUGGACUUUGACGUAGUCUCUUCUUCAUGUUAACAUCAGUGUUCUUGGCACGGCAGAUUUUGGACACCUAAGUUAACCCUCUCACUUCACCACUGCAGGUCUUGUGAAGUUAUUUGUGUUUUUUUAGGAUUUUUUUUUAGUGGGCCCUUGCUUCGUCUUAUUAAAGAUCCGGUCAGUUGAUUCAUAUUUCUGUCACAGUCAAAAAUCCUGUAUGCCGACAGCACACUUGACUUAAGUCUUACACAAGACUUUACUUUAUUUAUUUAUUUUUUACUCUGGGUGUUAUUGUGAUACAUUCAAUGCUUGGAUAAAGUCAGUGGAAGCCAUAACUCUGUACCGCUUCUCUGGAAACCUAUGAAAACAUUUUAUCUGUUCUCACAUUGACACUUCCUCCUGUUUUAGCGUUUCAUUUUUCUACCAGGGUCACACCUUUCUGCACAAACUAGAGACUGUACAGAAUUUUUUUUUAAUCUUUUGUAAAUUAUAAUGCAAAUACUGUACAUAUACAUCGCAGUUGUUGAAAACGGUUUAUGUUCUUUUAAAAAAAAAAAUAAAAACACAAACUUGAUUGAUUGUAAACGACAAA